AUGGUAUCUAGAAUGAUAGAUUACGAGGUAGUGCUGGAUGACUGCGUGGAAUAUUUGUCAAAGAAUAUAUUUUUGCAAGUUCCCACUUCUGCGAUUUCUGUUCCUGUGAAUGAAUCUCUACUUGGACCUAAGGAAUUAUUAAAUGGGGAAUGGGUUGCCCUUUCUGAGAUUGAUGAUAUGCAGGUUAGGAAGGAUAUGGAACUAUCUGCAUUUAGGAGGCUGGUAUUGGAGGUCACUAGGUUUUCUGAGGGUGAAGAUGAAACGCACAAUGAUCUGAAUAAGUUAGCCGUAAUACUAGAUUGUGUCCAUGCAAUCCAGUGUUCUUCGAAACAUAGAGGAGAUGCAAGUUGGGCUGGGACGUGGGCGAAUUUAUAUUUUGAUCUGACUAAGAUUGUUAUGCAAUUUUUGCAGUUUCCUUCUUCAUUUUUGUCUUUCUUCCCAUAUUUUGAGUCCCGUUUGCAAUGGUAUCUACAGGGUCAAGAGAUGGAGCAGUUUUCUUACGGGGAUAAUAAGCUAACUUCAGGUAUUAAAUUACCGCUUUCGAGGCUGCUAUACUAUUGCAAUGAGUUAAUCAGACAUCUGGAAGCACAAUCCAAGUUGAAUACUCCGCUGCACUAUGUAAUAAUAAACAAAAUACAGUGGUUUAUUUCUCAAUUACUGCCAAUCAGUGAGAAUUGUAAUUACAAUAAAAAGGGUCAAAUAUUAAGCCAAUUUCCAGAGACAUUGUGGUCAAACAAGCAUUCUAGAGGGUUGAGUUCGCGCUCUCCCUCAUUGUUUGCUGACUGGAAUUACUUUCUGGAAGAAUUUAUCUUUGAUCCAAUGAACAUUAUGUUAUCGCCUGUGAGAGAUAGACAAGGCUUUGAAGAAUACACAAAUGACAUUGUUGAAUUCCUUCUAGAAAAGGAAUCGGAAUAUUAUAAGAGACUCAGUGAGGUGAUUCAGCAACCGAAUCUUAUUAGGCAAGAUAUCCAUAAGAAUUUCAUUGCCAGUCAGUUUGUUAGAAAUAACUAUAUUGAACCCCAAGAUACAAGAAAUAUGAUAUCUGAAACAAAGGUGGAGUUUUGGAAAGUUUUUGUGCAUAAUGAUGAGUCUAUGAACGGUAUAAUGCAUCCCUUACCAUUAGAAUUGAGUAUUUUCGACGAGCAGAAUUUCCUGAAUCAAUUGGAAACUGUUGAGUUAGACUUUUUUAGGAAAAAUAUGCUUAUGCAAAUUGCUAUCUCGUUUAAUAUGGUGGACACAAUUUUACGUGAUAAAGCUACAUUAAAAGCAUAUACUGCUCGUUAUAAAAAUGCCCACUAUGACCGAAUUUUUCCACCAGAUCCACCAACAUUAUUUAAGUUCUUCUACAGUACCGCAAACAAGAUAAAGGAAUUUUAUAAGCAGAAAGACUAUGAAUUCUAUGAAAUUUUAAUCGAGUUGCUUCAUUCGGAUGAAUCCUUUCUAGCGGCAAAAUCAAAGAACAUGGCUCCUUUCAAAGAAAUCAAAUGGAACUGCAAGCCAAUAGAUGGAAAGCCUUCUUUUGAUUAUGAGUUCAAAAAAUUUGGGUUUAUAAAACUAGGAAAUAAAAAGGUUAAUGAUAUAUGGAAAAUUGAAUCUGGUUUGGAUCGUGCAAGAAUUCUUUCCAAAGCUAAUGAGAUAAACCCAUCUGCAGUGUAUAAUAAGCUACAGGAAGAAUUCCAAAAUUCUAAUGUUAAAAAUUCGCAGAAUUCUGGAACUGACGGCAGCAUAUUAAAACAGUGGCAACUGUUACGUUCAUUGAGAUCCCAGUAUUUAUUUGAAUUCAACACAAUCGACGAGACUACUGGAAUAGCUGGUUUAUUUGACCCAAAUUUGGCCAAAAAUUCUAAGGAAAACAAAGCAAAGAAUACAAAUUCGUAUUUCGAGAAGGAAUUGAAUAAUCAUCGUGAACUUUUAGAACAAGCCCAGAAAUAUUUUGAGAAGGAAACCAUCAAAGCCGUGAAAUCUGAAGAAGAUAGUAAUUCUAGGAAGAGAAGGUUGGAUGACGACGAUAUUUCCGAAGAAGAUAGUGAUUCUCGCCCAGGGUCGAAGAAAGUUAAGACAGAUUUAAUUGUUAAAAAUAUUGACUUGACUGAGCCUGAAAAUACUAACGUCCCUUCUGACCUGACCAAUGAAAAAUCUUCUACAGAAAUUGAAGCUAAGGCGGAAGACGACCAACUUGUUAAUCCAAAGUCAGAGUCUAGAGGAACUGGGAAUGAAUUGGAACAUGAAGAAGAUGACGAAGCAGUUCCUGAAUGUUAG